AUGGAAAUUUUAAAAAGAGCAGAUUUCUUUGGAGUUCCAUUUGUAUAAAAUAUUGAUCAACAACAAACAAAAUAUAAAAGUAUUAUAGGAGGAAUACUAACAAUUACAAUCUGUGUAUUAAGUUUGUCCUAUUCAUUUUGGGUUGCUUAUCUUUGGAAAACAAAUUAAAUGAAUCCAAAAAUAUCCCGUGAGAAUUAUAUAUCAGACUACUCUCUGCUCGACUUGAGUGAGGACGUAAUAAGAGUCUCAUAUUGGAAAGAUUAUGAAAACAAGAUUGAUCCAUUUACAAAUAAUAUUUUAUUGCCAUUAGUAGUUUACGCUAAUAACAAUUAAUUGACAGAAGCACAAGUAAUACAAAAUCAUACAACUACAUCUUUUGGAGACUUUUAUAUACCAAAUAUGAAAUUUGGUUUUGCCUAUGUUGAUAAUUAAAUAUUCACUACAAAUGAAAUGUAUAUAGAAGUAGUGUUAUGCUAAGAAAAAUACUUAAGACCUGAUGAAAAAUGCGCUUCUCCAGAACUAAUAGAAGAAUUUUUUUCUUAAGCAAACAAUCUGAUAUUACUUUAAUUUUAUUCAACAACUAUAGAUCCUCGAGAUGGAUCAAAGCAACGCGGAUACUAAGAAUAUUUUUUACAAAUCGAGUAAUAAUAUUGCUAUUCAGUAUAUAUAUUUUUUAAAACAAAUUUAUUUGAGCUUUAGAAAUAUUUUUUAUUUGGCACAUCUGAAUAUAAGGAAUAUAUUGUAGAUGCAUAAAUACAAACUUAAACAAGUUCUUUUGAAUAUUGUUAAAAAGCAUAUUAAAAUGAUGUAAUUGGAGCAGUUUUUCUUGGAAUGAAAGGUACUCAAGAAAAAACGAUAUUGGAGUAUCCGCGUUUAGGAGAUCUAUUAGCAAAUAUAGGAUCUAUUGUAUCUAUAUUAUUCAUGAUCAAAUACAUGAUUAUGUUUUUAAAUGAAUAUUAUUUAAAUCAAAAGGUAUUAAAGGAGCUCAUAAGUUUUUAUUACCCAGAAUUUAAAAAAAUAGAACUAAAAAAAAAUUGGUAUGGAAAAAUAGUUUAAGUUCAUUUCAAUCAGAUGGAAGUAGAUGCAAAUAAUUUUAGGAAGUUUUUUAAUAAAGUAUCCAAAUAAAUGUAAUAAAAGCUAAAUUAUUUGAAUUUAUUGUAUGAGAUAUCUAGGUUGUAUUUUGUUAUUAGAUCAUCGAAGUUUAGAAAUGAAUUUUAUAAAUCUCAUUAAAUUGGGAUAAAGAUUAAUUUUCCUUAGUAUAAAGAUAGCGAGACUCUUGUUAGUUAAAGUCAGAAAAAACUUUUGAAAAUAAUUGUAUCUUAAAUGAAGAUGAUGCAGAAAUAUUAUCUUAAGCAAGGAAUAAUAUAGAUAAAAAUUAUGAUUUAAUUUCAGAAGAGAUAUAUAACGAAGUAGAUUAUUAUUAUUUGA